AGUGGUUUUAUCAUGGAUUAGCAGUACAGUGGCUCCAAAUUUGUUAACUACAAUCAUGUAUGCAUCAAAUGCAAGAAGAGUUUGGGAUGAUUUCAAAGAAAGGUUUGACAAAUCGAAUCUCACAAGAGUUUAUCAAUUAUGGACAGAUGUUGCAAGUCUUAAGCAAGGUACUGAUUCUGUCACUGACUAUUAUUCCAAAUUAAGAGACUUAUGGGAUGAGUUUGAUGUACUUGUACCAUUUCCUUCUUGUGAGUGUGCUGAAGCAAAAUCCUACACGAAUCACUUGCAUCAACAGAGAUUAUUGAUGUUUUUGAUGGGGCUAAAUGAAACCUAUAGUCAUGUAAGGAGUGAUAUACUUCUUAAAUCUGAAGCACCUAGUGUUAAUCAAGCUUACUCUAUUGUGGUGCAAGAAGAAAGUCAGAGAAUGUUAGGUGUAGUUGAUUCUUACAAAGAACCACUUACUAUGUUGGCUGGUAGAGGACAAAACUACAAAGGAAAAAAACCACUUCUAGAUACUCCAUGUGAGAUUUGUGGAUUCAGAAAUCACCUUACAGUUGAUUGUUACAGACUGGUAGGUUACCCAUCAGAUUUUAAAAGCAAAAGGAAACCUCCACAAACAGGUUCCAAUACAUCAAGCUCUCAUCAUAAUGGUGCUAGUGCUGGUAGAUCUGGAAAUUCUAGUCACACAAGUACAGGUACUAGUAAUUUCAGAUCUUAUGCUAAUAAUGCAGCUGCUGAUAAAGAAGACAAGAGUCACAAUAAUCUUAGCUCACAGGAAUGCCAAGCCAAUCUAACAGGUAAUAUGUCUCUUCCAAGAUCACAGUGUGUACAUGAAUGGAUCAUUGAUUCAGGAGCCACACAUCAUGUUACCUCUUGUAAAAGCUUGUUGCAUGACUUGAAACAAUAAUAAGGAUCCAAUACAGUACAACUACCAACAGGAAUAAGAGCAGACAUACUGCAUACUGGAAGCUCCAUUAUUUUAGGAGAUCUUAAGUUGAAUGAUGUCUUGUAUGUACCCGAGUUCAAGUUCAGCCUAAUAUCAGUAGCCAAACUAACUAAGGACUUGUCCUGUAGUGUUAGUUUCUUUCCUAAUAUUUGUAUAUUACAGGAUCUCUACAAUGGCAAGGUGAUUGGGAUUGGUAGAGAACACAAUGGUCUAUAUCUGCUAAAAGAUGAAAUAACUGCAACUGUAUGCACAUCUGUUACAACAG